AUGUCGCCCUUCGGUGCGAGCCUUCGCGAGUAUAGAUAUGCGCCCCUCGACGCCGAAACAAGAGUCUUUCGUCUCGUCAAGCUUCUUCCUCCGAGGCCAUCGCUGAUUCCUGCCACCUGGGGCACGGUGCGAGUGGAACUCAUCGAGCAUCAUGCCGACUCCAGAGUGCCGUACGAUGCCCUCUCCUACGCGUGGAACGUUCCCCCUCGCCUGCGCGAGCCAAAUCGACGCAUAAUUGUAGAGACAGAGGAUGGAUCUUGGACUCUUCGCAUAUACCGCCCCCUGGAGCUCGCGCUGCUCCAUCUCGGUGCCAACGACACGACGAGUCGGCCGAUCUUCAUCGACCAGAUCUGCAUCGACCAAAACAACGGGCCGGAAAAGAGUCAUCAGGUGCGGUGCAUGCGAGAUAUUUACAGCAACUGCGUUCGCACCGUCGUGUGGCUGGGCCCGUCGACGACGAACUCGGCAGAGUACUUUUCCUACGUCCAGGAGAUUACGGCCGAGGGAGUUCUGAGUCGCGUCAUGAACCCAAACGUCGCCCAGUUCAUGCACGUCUUCGACGCCGUCAUGGACUCCUCACUGGACAUCAACGAUGCGGAGCGCGAGGACAGGGACGAUAUACUGGGCAUGCUGCAACGAUUCGGCGACCGAUUCCCGCUCGAUGGCUUCGCCGACGUGCUUGACCGAGAUUGGUUUGGUCGUCUGUGGAUCAUCCAGGAGGCCUGCCUGGCACCCUCGGUCGUCUUCGUCUGCGGAUCGCAAGCACUGUGCUUCGACUGCUUCCGCGCCGGUGCGUUGUUCUACAAUCUUCACAACACCAAAUGGAUCCGACAACGGACAGGGGCAACGUCCAAGCAUGAGCUGACUCGUCGCAAUGCCCUGUUCGAAAAGAAGGCCAGCCUCGGUCGCAUCUUCCAGGAGCGCAAGACGAUCCACCAGAGCGGCACGCGCCAGGAGCUGUACGAUCUCGUGCUCAAGUACAGCGUCAACGGCGAUCAGAAAAAGAUUGGCUCAAGCCUACCGGAAGACCGAAUCUUUGGCCUGCUGGGGCUCGCGGCCGAAGACGAUCAACUUCGACGGCGGGUUCGGGUCCGAUACGGCGAGGAUGCCGUGCAGAUAUACUCCGAGGUGGCGGCGCUGCUUCUGGAGAGAUAUGUGGACGCGCUGCUGUACAACCAGUUCCCGAAGACGACGCCGGGCCUGCCUUCCUGGGCCCCGGACUGGGCCAUGAACCUCGCGGUGCCCGUGGGCUACUCGGAGCGCAAAACGCCAGUGUACUCUGCGGGAGGGCCCUCGACGGAGACCCGCAUCCGGUUCGACGAGGCGUCGCGCCGGCUAACGAUCCGCGCUUGCACGGUCGACGAGAUCACGGCCGUCGGGGAGCGGACAUGUCGCGCGCAGCCCGAUGUGCAGAUCAUGCAGCAAAUCGACUACGGCCGGGCGAGCAUGGUCUUUGACGAGGUGUCGGACUUUGUCGAGGAAGCCGCCGCAUCGGACGACGACGGAGGGCGAACGGCGCGUACCAUCUCGCUUCGUCUCUGCGACUCGGGUUUGUCGUACCGCCACUUCUCGGACAAGCUCGGGGCAUCCGCCGGGUGCGAAAGGCUCGGGGCAUUGCAUGAUGCCAUCUCACUUCUGGGGCGACGGCUCCUCCGCUCGGAUGCCACCGUCGCGGCGCAUCGCAUCACGCGCAUAUACCGAACCUUGGGCAUCACCCCCUGGUACUGGAUUCCUCCGCCCGAGAUGGACACCCUCCGCAUCUGCGCGCAGGGGCCCAUCUCCGCUUCCAAGGUCGCAUGGGAGGCUCUCGAGGACUUUGUCGAGGACAUGGUCGGCAUGUGCGUCGCCUCGACGAGAAUCGCGUGGGCGUCGUGGUACGUGAAGCUGCGUCGCCGCUACGGAAAGGUGACGUUGAAGCCGGAUCAUGACGUCUUGGCAAGAGUAGGGCUCGACCCGCACGUGGCCAUGGGCCAGGACAUGAGCGUGUUCACGACGAACCUGUUGAAGAAUGCCGGACGGAGACUGUAUCGGACCCGAAGGGGCCUCUUGGGCAUGGGGCCGGCGCACAUGCGGCGGGGAGAUUUGGUCGUGGUCUUCCACGGCGGCACAAUGCCUCAUGUGCUUCGGGAUGUGGGCGGUCUAUGGCAGUACGUCGGCGAGGCGUAUUGCGACGGAAUCAUGGACGGUGAGGCGAUGGGAAAACGGCAUCGAGACGAGCUAUACGCUGGUUUAACAAGGACAGCUGCAUUGCGGUGCUGA